AUGAGAAAAAAACAAUUAAUAUUUCAAGAAUCUUCACAAUUCUUAAAUGUAUUGUUUCACAAUAUUGAAGGAUUAAAAUGUAAUUUUAAAGCAUUUUCUAAUUACCAUUUAUUACAUAAAGCAGAUUUGAUUUGUCUCGCAGAAACAUGGUUGAAAGAUGAUACUCGAUUGGAUCAUCUUCAAAUUAAUGGUUAUAAUCUUGUUCAUAAAACACGGGCAUGUUCAUUUGUAUCAAACCAUUUACUUCAUUCACAAAAAGGUGGUGGUGUUGCAAUAUAUUUUCGAGAAACUAUUCCUAUAAAAAAAAUUGAUUCAUAUGCACAUGUAAAUCUUGAAUGUAUUACUUUUGAAAUAGAAAAAAGUAACAUAGUUAUUAUCGUAUGUUAUCGAUCACCACAGCAAAAUAAAAAAGAAUUUGUUGUAAAUUUAAUUGAACAUUUAAAACAAAUUAAUAUUGACAAAAAUAUUCUUCUUAUUGGCGAUUUUAAUGAAGAUAGUCUUGAAAAUAAAUCAAAACCUAUUGAAACAAAAUUAGAAAAUUUAGGUUUUGUAAAUAUGUUUAAAGAUAUGCCUACCACGAAUAGUUUAACAAGCCUUGAUUGUGUUUAUUCUAAUUUUAUACUAAAUAAAGUUCAAUAUCGAGAUGUGACAGGAAUAUUUUAUAGCUUUCAUGAUGCAUUAAUUUGUUCCAUUGAUAUAGAAAAUAAGAAAAAAGAAUCAAACAAAGAGAUUGAGUUCAAUAAUGAUGAACAGAUGGAUACAGAUACCUGUUUACCUACUUCAUUAUCAUUCCUGGAAAUUUCUAAAGAAACAAAUAAAAGAAAAAAAAAUACAACAGUAAAAUCAAAUCACAUAUUUAAAAAAAUAAAACUUUUAACAAGUGUCAAUACCUGUAAUAAUCUUUUAAAAGAAAAACAAAGAUUAUUUCUUCGUAAUUAUACUAAUAUAAGAAAAGAAAAUUGCUUAGAAAAAAGAAGAGCCACAUUUAGUUUUACUGAACAACUUUCUAGUAUAGGUUUAAAAAAAAUUAAUAUAUUAGCAGAUGGUAAUUGUUUCUUCCGUGCAAUUUCACAUCAACUAUAUAGACACGAAGACGAUCAUUUAAAUAUUAGAUGUGAAACAAUAAACUAUUUAAUUCAAAAUAUGAACGAUUUUGCAUCAUUUAUUGAUGAAAUGUAUUCAACAAUAGAAAAUUAUAUUGAAGAAAUGAGUAAAGAUGGAACAUAUGCUGACCAUCUCGCACUUUCAUCUACAGCAGUUAUCAUCAAUAAAAAUAUAAUUGUUCAUGAAUUCAAAAAAAAACCUAUACUUAUUCCUGGCUCCGACUUUCUUGAACAUCAAUUACAUCUCUGUUAUGAUCCAAAUAUGCCACAUUACGAUAGUGUUGUUUGUAUUGAUGGGAGCCCAGCCUUUCUUUCGUCUGAACAUAUUUUAUUUACUUGA